AUGGCUAUGGCUUGUUCCACCGGAAGAAGGAGGCUAACUUAUUCAAGCACAACACCAACAACAACAAAAUGGGCUGAUGAACUCCCACCUGAGCUGUUAGGGUUGAUCGUGAAAAAGCUCUCUUCGAAUGUUGUCGACAUCAUUCGCUUUGAAGCCGUCUGUUCUUCUUGGAACCGUGCUGCGAGAUUGUAUACCUCUGCCCCGUAUUACACCAAGUUGCCUCAAUAUCCGUGGCUCAUGCUCCUCAUCCUCCCCAUCCUCGACAAAUGGAGUUGGUGCCCCAAACCCCCUCGUAUUGAUCAUGAGAGCAGGUGCUUCUUUAGCCUUGCAGAGAAUAAGGUUUACAAGAUGGACUGGAAAGCGUCUCAAGACUUUCAUGGCUAUGGCGAGUGUUUGGGUUCAUCACAUGGGUGGCUGGCAAUUCGGGAGUUUAAAACAAUGAAAUUAUCCCAAGAAAUCGUUCAUCUUUUCAAUCCAAUUUCUAGACAACGCUUGACGCUUCCAUUGAGGCCGGGAAAGGCUUCAACUGCUAAAGUUGUGCUUUCCUCGGACCCUUCUUGCAACAACAACUUUGUCGUUGUGGUAAUUUAUGAUAUCUCCUUGGGACCGCCAGGGAUAGCAUUCUAUCAGCACGGCAGAGGAGGCAACGCUGCUGCAUGGACUGACUUAGAGGGUUCACAUGAUCACUAUUCUGAUAUUGUAUUCCACAACAAUGGCCAAUUAUUUGCACUGUCCACCAACCACUCAAUUCAAGUUUGGGACUUCGGGGACACAUAUAAUAAUUAUCCCACGAAGAUCAUGGAUUUUCAACCUUCCAUGAAUCCAAAUGUUCUUGACGGCCCAAUGACGCACCAUAAAAAAUGGUUGGUGGAGUCAAUGGGUGAGAUUCUGUUUGUGGAGCGGCAAUGGUUGUGGUUGGGGUCUGAUACCAAAGGAGCAGUGGACUUUUAUGUCUGCAAGUUAAACAUUGCUGCCAAAAAGUGGGAGAAGGUGGAGUGCUUGCGUGGUUGUGCUUUAUUUUUGGUCAGAAAUCAAUCAGCAAUGUCAUUAUCCACCCGGGAAUUGCCAAAUUUGGAAGAAAACUCGAUUUACUAUGCAGAAACGUAUCAGGAGGGUGAUCUAUAUAAGCGGAAGCUGCAUAGGGGUUGGAGUGAGAUUCGUGUUGGAGGAGUAUUCAAAUUCAACUUAGAAACUAAAGUUGUUAAGCCAUAUUAUAUAACUCGUGAGCAUGUGGACACUAGUUAUUCAAAACCCGUUUGGAUUGUGCCUAGUCCCUAG